AAAGCGAGGACAUGGUACAAGAGGGUGGCAGUGAGGCUGCCCAAGACAGUGAGCAGGAGUCUGCCGAAGCGGAGGACCGGGGAUCUGUCGAAGUGGAGAAGCAGGCUUCUGCUAUGCCGGCGACACCAUCACUUGAACAGAAUGGCGUGUCGGAUAAGUUGGUGGCGCCAGGCGUUGAUCAAAUGCUCUGGGGCGACAAGUACGAUCUGAUCUUCAAGCUGCAAGAUCGGAGGGACGACUACGAGGAAGACAUUGACUGGGAGGAUGUUCGGAAAGAUCAGGGGUACCCAUGGUCGCGACAAACUCUCGAGUCAGCGCUGCAUGGGUUGAUUCAACUUCUUCGCGACAAUGGCAGAGAGGUGGAUAGCGACGACUUUCCCGGUACCGUGGAUGAUGUUAUGGACUUUAUCAGCGAAGAGCAUGGGGACGAGCUUGAAGACCACUACGGAGCGGCGUAGGAGUGGAUGUUUGACGAAGGGGCACAGCGUCGUGGUUGCAAAGCUUGGAGUGGAUAGGAUUUGGGGAUGCUCUGGGGUAGUGCGUGUGCCGAGAGAGCGGAUAAGCCGAUCAGGGUCGAAUCAAGCAUAGCAAAGCAUACGGACAAGGGCUUUUUCGUAUCGGGUGACCCGUCUUCCAACCUAAAUUUUCUUGGCGCCUGGUGAGGGUGUAUACGAAGGCAAUACGCAGCGGGCGGGGCUAGGUAUGGGUCGCUAGUGCGAGGGCAGGCAAGAUCUCACCACCCCAUAAAAAUACCCACUCGAUAGACGCGGCGCAUGCGCAGGGCAAGGCGUGCACAAAACAAGACAAAG